ACUGUAUCAUUCCGGAUACUUAUGCUGGUGUACAACGAGGAGGCCAGACACCUAUGGAAUGUUGCUGCUGUUGUCAACUCCUGCUGGAGUCCGACAGAUCUUCCAUUCAGUGAACUUUGACGUUGUCUUGUGGCCGAAAUCUGUGGCCAUCUGGCGUGAGACUUGGAAACGAAUAUCUGUUGUUCUUUUAUGCGUCUUCCGAAGACAACUUGCGAACUUCGGUUGUUCUCUCUCUUGGCAUCUAACCGUUCCUCAAAUACCGUUCAACUUGUUCUAACCAUAACUAUGUUCAAUUUGCUGUCUGACUCGAUUCUGCUACACAUUCGUACUUUCAUCCUCGGAGACAUAUCUACUCAUGUUUCACUCUCCCAAACAUGCCGUCGAUUCCGCAAGCUUUACGAAAACGAUGAAAGUUUCUGGCAGCUAGUUUGUUUUAGCGCCGGCUUUGGAAGACCUCGAAGGCGGGGGAAUCCAGACGAGCAUCUCACAUGGAGGCAGGUUGCCCACGUCCUGUCUAGCCACCAUCGAACAUGUGAGAUUCGAAGCUGCAGAGAUGCACAUCUUUACUUCGCCAAACGAUAUCGCACCUCUUCUCGCAGAAGUAUAAAAACGCCUGUAUCUGCCCAGCAAGGCGUUGUGUUUCAUUCGCUGUAUUUCUACCUCCAUUGCAACCAACUCUCUCCUGGAGAGGCUUUUGCAUAUAUACCUGUACCAGACGCGAUUUCAAUCCUUCUCACACAUCUUCCAACUUUCCCGGAGUGCAGGAAUUCGCAGUAUGGCCCUCUUUGUUCUCACCCAAAUGCAUCGUGUACCUUUGCAACUUUUCCCGCCGUGGAUACAAUCAGCUUUCAGGAUGCAGAUGGGCGCACCUUCUUGAAUGUGAGCAAUUCAGAUGGGUGCACUAUACUUGAUGUUAACCGAGCACUCGCCGAAUUGAUACCCCGAGACCAGGCCCCGGUCGAAGUGGCCUUGGCACAUUACCGCGACUUGGUCCAGACAUCUGGUCUUUCACUUGCUCAAUUUGCUGACAUGGUUAGCGAGCAAAAAGGUUUUCUCGAUGAUCAUGAAUACCCAUUCUUGAAUGAACUAGUUGCUCAGGCAUGAGCUGUACCAGGAAUAUAGGAUAUGUACCUAUAAUGACUUCUUAAUCUGAAUGUUCUUCAUCGC